GGUCACCCGCAAUGGCCUUCAAGUUGGCUGCGAGUGACGAAACGAAACAAGUACUAGCUGAAGCAAUGGAAGAAGUGAAGAGUGCUGUACCAUCCCAUCUGUAUCGUUGUUUCUUGAAAGUGAUGAAAUUUGCCGUAGACUGUUUGCUGACGGAGUUCAAUGUUACAGGAAGAGCUUUACGGUCACUAAAUUCACUGGAAAUGAAUUUUUGUGCUGUUGAAGCUGAAACUCCUCUAGUCUGUCACUUAGUCUACCUUUUGGGAUAUGAAGAAGUUGACGAGCCCUUUUAUGAACCUCGUCGUCAUAAGUUUGCAAUGGUAGAUGUCAGAUCUAGCAAGUGUGCUCUGGAGGCUUUCCAGGUGCUGGCUAUGGAAGAAAUUUCCCAGUCUUCCACAAGCAGUGUUGCUGACCUCACUUCAAUAGAAAAUGUGCCUCUUAUUGUGGCUCAUCUUGCUUACAAUUUACAUCUUCGACUUGAACCGAUUGGCUUAUCAACUGCCAGGACUAUGAUGGGAAUAAUGGAAGAAGACGUUGUUGCUGCCAUUGCAUGCAUCGACUACCUAGCAUUUCGCCUUGGUGUAAUGGCUGACGAUAGUAAUACUCUGGUUGUGUGGAAUUUAGCUAAGGAGAUGAUGACAGAGUAUAUGUCAAGUGGGGGAUCCAGUUGCAGUGAGGUUGAAGUUAGACAAAUUUUGAAGGAAGUGGCUACACGACUGUCAGUUGAACUGUCAUUUAAAGUAUCCACGGAACUGGUACACGUACUACUAUUUACCAACUGUGUUGAAAAAAUAGCACGUCUAACAAGAUGUGGUGAACUUCCCAAUUCAGAAAAUAUACACUCCUAUGAACGAAGCUUCAAUGCACUACCAAGGGGAUUUCUUUCUGAUAAAUUUUGCUUAUCUUGUGACUCAGUUGUUAAAGCAAUGACUAGGGCACUUGAAUGCCAGUUAUCAUCAGAGGUAAUUGAACAGAUUUACAGGCUAGUUGUAUGGCAAUCUCGACAUUUCAUUUAUCAUGUGAGAUCAGAAGUGGUGCAGAUGCAUAAUGUUGGCAGUCAACUACAUGGAGUUAUUGGGCAAGACAGUGUGGAUUCUCGUGUGCUAGAAGAGAUGUUGGCAACUUUCCAAUCAAGCUAUUCUCCAGUUAUUUCAGUAUCUUCUGUUGCUGAAGUUGUGACUAAUAACGAUGAGGAAAAACAUACAGAAGAUAUGAAUGAGAAAGAAAAGGCAGAUAAUGAAAGUGAAGUGGAUGAUGAGCCAUUUAUUGAAAACAAAUUGCAAAACAUUGCAACAUGUGACAGAAAUACUGUUGAAUCUUGUGGAGAAUUGGAUGAUUCUCAUAUAUCAAUUCUUGAAAGACAGGUUGACUAUAGUUUUUCAUUUGGUCAACUGCGACACAUUGAAAUUGAAAUUGAUAGGCUGUGUGAGAAGUCAAGAUUUCGAAAGUCUGGACUGAAGAGAGAUAUGGAGCAGCUGAAGAAUGCACUAUCAUGUACAUCUGACUUAGUAGUUGUCGAGGCUUUAAGGGAAGAACUGACUAAGAGUACAAAUGAGUAUGAGGUUGACAGUCAGCUGACUGCACGUUUGGAAAUGGUGAAAUCAAAGUUGAAUUUGAAACAACAAACACUUCGAUCACAUGCUACUCUCAGGUGCUUGUCAUGUGAAGAACUGAGGCAACAUCUUCGUGAGCUAGUUUGCCGGUGUAGGCAGCAGCAUGUGGGAUCUAAUGUUGAGCUAGUGGUCACAGUGCUUCCCUUAUUUACAGAUGAUGAAAUCACUUUGUUGUGCAAAAAAUUGGCAUUAGAUCUAAGGAUUUCAGAGAGUGACUUCGAUACGAUGCACAAGGGCAAAGCAAGUGCUGUUACUGAACUGUUGGCUUAUUUCAAAUAAGACAUUACAAACAUUGAUAGUAAUUGGGAUGAUAAAAUAAUGAAAAUUUAACUUCUGCUUUUUCUGUCAUGCAACACAGAACACAGUUACAGUACUAAUGGAUAUGACUUUAUUGGUGAGGUUGCCAUUUGGGGUACCCUUGCCUAGAUUUCAAUGGUAUUUAAUUAAACAUGCUCUGGAAUAGAUCAUUUUAACACUACUGCUCUUAACUUAAUUGAUCUGAAAUUCAGAAUCAGCA